GAGGGAGGAAGGAGGAAAGUUCAAGUGUGACGGAGCAGAAAUCCAGUCCAGACGAGUCUUGUUGAUCUCUGAAAGAAGAUCCAAGCGAGUCCAUCGGGGUUUCCUCCACAACACAGCAGAGUCUCCGAAAAAACACUGAUACCCACCAUGUCUGCUGGCAGCAACCUGAGAUCUGCAGAUCAGUUCCUGUGCUCCAUCUGUCAGGAUGUGUUCACUGAUCCAGUCACCACACCAUGUGGACACAAUUUCUGUAAAACCUGCAUCACUCAUCACUGGGAUGAUAAUGUUCUCUACAAGUGUCCCAUAUGUAAGGAGAUGUUCAACACCAGACCUCAGCUGAACAUUAACGUCUUUAUCAGAGAGAUGGUUUCUGAGUUCAGACGUGAAGCUCAACAGAAAUCCAGCAGCAGCAGCUCAGAGCAACAAGCUGCAGAACCAGGAGAAGUUCCCUGUGACGUCUGCACUGGAACCAGACUGAAGGCCCUGAAGUCCUGCCUGGUGUGUCUGCUGUCCUACUGUGAGACUCACCUGGAGCCUCAUCUGACAGCUUCACGUCUGAAAAGACAUCAGCUGGUGGAGCCUGUGGAUAACCUGGAGGACAGGAUUUGUACGAAGCACGAUAAACCUCUGGAGCUGUUCUGUAAGACCGACCAGACAUGUGUCUGCAUGCUCUGCUCUGUUUUAGACCACAAGACUCAUGAGUUUGUUCCUCUGAGAGAAGAAUAUGAGGGAAAGAAGGCAAAGCUGGAAAAGAUAGAGGCUGAGAUUCAGCAGAUGAUCCAGAAGAGACGAUUGAAGAUUCAGGAGAUCAAAGAGUCGCUGAAGAUCAGUAACAAUGCUGCAGACACAGAGAAAGUAGAAGGUUUUCUGAUCUUAACUUCUCUGAAGAAGUCUGUUGAGAGAAGCCUGAAGAAGUUCAUAAAGGAGAUGGAAGACAAACAGAAAACUACAGAGAAACAGGCUGAAGACCUCAUCCAAGAUCUGAAGUAUGAAAUCUUUGAGCUGAAGAAGAGGAGCUCUGAGGUGGAGCAGCUCUCAAGCUCUGAAGAUCACCUCCACCUCCUCCAAAGAUUCUCAUCCCUGAAAGAUGCUCCACCCACCAAGAACUGGACAGAGGUCAGAGUCCAUCCACCUUCAUAUGAGGGGACUGUGAUGAAAGCUGUGGACCAGCUGCAGAAGAACCUCAGAGAAAAGAUGAAGAAGCUGCUCACUAAAGUUGAGCUGAGGAGGAUCCAGCAGUUUGAAGCUGAUGUGACUCUUGAUCCUGAUACAGCACAUUGUAAACUCGUUCUGUCUGAUGAUGGAAAACAAGUUCACUGUGGUUAUAUGAGGAAGAAUCUUCCAGAUAAUCCAGAAAGAUUCUCUAAAUAUGUUGGUGUUUUAGGAAAACAGAGUUUCUCUUUAGACAGAUUUUACUUUGAGGUUCAGGUUAAAGGAAAGACCAGAUGGGAUGUAGGAGUGGCCAGAGACUCGGUCAACAGGAAGGGAACAAUCACAAUUGAUACAUGGAAUGGUUACUGGGCUGUAUGUCUGAGAAAUGGAAAUGAGUAUGAGGCUAAUGAUGAUCCUCCAGUCCGUCUCCAUCUCAGUUCUCCUCCUGAGAAGUUGGGGGUGUUUGUGGAUUAUGAGGAAGGUCUGGUCUCCUUCUAUGAUGUUGAUGCUGCAGCACUUAUCUACUCCUUUACUGGCUUCUAUUUUGCUGACAAACUCUACCCAUUCUUCUGUCCUGGCCUCAAUGACAGUGGAAGAAACUCUGAUCCUCUGAUGAUCUGUCCUGUCAAUCAAACUGUCUGAUCUUUGAUAUAAUGAAUCUUCAUCAACACUGAAUGUUCAUGUGAAAUGAUUAAGUGCAAGUACCCAUGAAUACUAAGCAUAGUCCUAAAAGGCACACGGAACACCACCACUCGCUUCACGUCCCUAACCGUUUUUUCCCAACUCAGUGACACACAGGUCGGUUUCUCAAGGACACACCCGCUGAGAAACCGAUCCUGGUGAUUGGCGACUCCAUAGUGAGACAUGUGAGGCCGACUUCAGCGACCAUAGUUAGGUGCAUCCCGGGGGGCAGAGCGGGUGACAUUGAAGCAAAUUUGAUGCUGCUGGCGAAAAGUAAUCGUAAAUUUAGUAAAGUUAUGAUACAUCUCUGCACUAAUGACACCCGUCUACGCCAGUCGGAAGUCACUAAAAUUAAGAUUGUGUCGGUGUGUAACUACGCCAUGUCGGACGCUGUAGGUUUCUCUGGUCCCCUCCCCAAUUUGACCAGCAUAAGUUUUAGCCGCAUGUCAUCGCUCCGCCGCUCGUUGUUUCGGUGGUGUUCAGAAAACGACGUGGCCUUUAUUGACAAUUGGAAGACGUUUUGGGGAAAGCCUGGUCUGAUUAGAAGAGACGGCAUUCAUCCCACCCGGGAUGGUGCAGCUCUUAUUUCUAGAAAUCUGGCCAAUAUUAUUAAACACUCCCCCUGACAAUCCAGGGUCCAGGCCAGGAUGCAGAGCUGCAGUCUUACACACUUCUCUGCUGCUUCUCGAGGACCAACACCUACCAAUAAAACUGUAGGAAUGCAUUAUGUAAGUGGGGAUUCUAACAAGGUGCCUAGCAAAAUAGAAUUGGUGUCAAUUCCCCACCCUCCAAAAGUUUACCAGGUGCGGUGUGAUACAGGCAUUAAUCAAAAAAAUCUUGUGGUACCAAUUAGAGACAGAAGAAAAUUGAUGGGGACUACUAAAUAUACGAUCGUUAAGCUCCAAGUCUCUGUUAAUAAACAAUAUAAUUACAGAGACCAGGAGUCAUAUUUUCUGUUUAACAGAAACAUGGUUAUUCAUCAUUGAUAGAGGAUAACAAAAUAACCCACUUUUUCUGUUCAGCACUGUAGCCAGGCUGACAAAGAGUCACAACUCUGUUGAGCAGUGCAUUCCUGAAGUUCUCAGUUGUGAAGACUUUAUGGGCUUCUUUAAAGGUAAAAUCAUGAGAAUUAGAGAAGAAAUCAACCAGCCGGUUGUGGGCGUUUCUUCAGCUUUGCUAACUCCCCUAGGCUCUGACUUGACUCGAGACUGUUUCUAUCCUAUAGCUGAAUGUGCAGAAGGCAGUGGACAAACUAAAAUAGAAUCAGAACAACUGUUGCAACAGAUGCAAACGAAAAAGUUCGUUUUCAUGCUUGUCACAUUUUUUUUAAAUCUUGGAAAAAAGUGAUUUUGCCACAAAGGGGCUGCAGAGUUCAACACUCUGUGUCACAGACUGCAUAUCCCUCAUAGAAACGCUGAAAGCUACAUAUGCAACUUUGCGGGAUGAUUCAGAUGGUGACUUUGAAAAAGUGCUCAGACGGACCGGAAAAGCACAAGAUAGCUAACUGGGAUGUGGCUGCUUCUCGUGAGCGCCAGCUGCCUUCAAAGUUUCGCACAUCUGUUGUCACCAGGACUUUGGGGAAAACAUUAGUUAGUAGAUAAUUAGUUAUGAAGAGUGAUGCUGAUUUAAAGGCCCUUUUAAAGGACAGGCAGAUAUCGGAGUGAAACUGCCGAUUUAAAGAGGACACAUAUGGAGUCAUGAGAGCAUCAGCCUCUUUUGCACCUGGAUCUGCCACUUUCGGAGACAAAGAUGUUUUACAGGCUCCGUAUGACUUGCAUGGGAUUGAAAUACUUAACGUACUGUGUUCACUCAGCACAUCAGACGGAAAAUGGAUUAGGACAACUUCCCCACACGGAUGGAAAUACUGGACAGCUGCCCUUUGGACAUUUUUCCUAAUAUGAACAGUCUGUUAAGAGCCAUCAUAACCCUCCCUUUGACCCAGCGUUGAGAGACUUUUCUCCGCUACAAACAGGAGCGCAUGAGAUCAUCCAUGCUGACUGGUCGCCUCGAUAACCUGACACUUAUGUCAUUUGAAAGAGAAAUGAUUGACAGUUCGGAUUAUGAUGACAUAAUCAACGCUUUUAACUCCAAGCCCAGAAGACUCUGUCUUGUUUAGCAACUGCAGGUAAAACAGUGUUGUUUAUUUUUUAUAUUUCUGGCCCGCCGUGGCAUGUUAUGAUUGCGUUUAUGUGGGGAGGCACAAAACUUUAACAUGUUCAAUUUGUCUGACAUUUCAAUAUCUGUUCUAUACUACCCAACCCCACUUGCAAAUCACCAACUUUAUGAAUGAACCUCAUAAGCAAGUAAUGGUUACGACCAAUUAUGUUGGUAGGGACGGUAGGGGACGGUAGGGACAUAACACUACCAACAUUUCAGGGGGCUCAAAUUUUCCCCACCAACUUUUAAGCAACCUUAUUUGCAUUAUAUAAUGAGUUCAGAUAUAUAGGUAAUUUAGAUUGUCUUCCCAAAUGUUGUAAGGAUACAAUUGACCCUGCUAUUAUUAAGUGAAUUAUUUUCAUUAUGUUCAAACUUACAUUUACCCCUUUUCACUUGCUGAAUUUGCCGGUAAAUUUUUUUUUUCCUCAAACGCACGUUUGAUUGGCUGAUGACUUGACCCCAGCCUUCAGUGUACUCAGUGUCACUCAUCUGCGUCCAGCGCGCAGUUACAGUACCUGGGGCCUUGAGUGGUCUUAAGACAAAUGUUUAUUUUUGGCAUUCUGGAUAGUUAAGAGAUUAUUAAUACUGUAAGUUUGUAUUUAUUGUGUAUGUUGAUAGAAUUUAAGUUAUGUUCAAAUAUUGCAAUUUAAAUUGUUAAUAAAAUCUUGGAAUAUUCUGGAAGUUUUCAAAAUGUUUCUUUAGUAGUUUUUGAAAACAAAGGUUUGAAUCGAACCGUGUAUCAGGUGAACCAAUACACAUGAAAGUUAGUAUAAGUCAAAACAGAUUUAUUUUGCAUUGAUUAUUUAGCCUAUCAAUUAAUUAGGUUCAUAUUUGUGACAAAUGUAGCCCUGACCCCCGUUCACCCAAUCUGUUUGGUCUUAUUAAUGUCCCGUCCCCAGCAAAAAGUACAUGCAGGUUAUGCUGUUAUAUCGUCCCUACCAAUGUUGAGAGUCUCAUGGCAGGUACAUCAACUGCACAUGUGCGGUGCUUCACCUGAAGCCGUCCGUGUGAAACAACAUAAACAAUCAAAUACAAUUUAAAAACAACAGGCUAAAUUAAAUGAUGUUACACACUCUUGUACAGUAGGUGGUGGUAUGCACCUUAAAGUUGGUUGCGAUCCGCCAAUAAAACAGAGAAGAAGAACAUAAACAAUCCCAUUGUUACAGUCCAGUUAUAUAGAGUGGUGCCUGUGAGUGAGACUGGCAGUGCCGUUUCAGGCAAGAUACCGACAAUUAAUGUAAGCGGGAUGUCAGCAGGGUGGACAUAUUUCAAAAUAAGGGACGACGACAGAAGCAAGACAGACUGCGGGCUGUCGGCGCGGCUAACCGGCUAACGCGGCUAACCAGAAUGUAACAAUGGGAUUGUUUAUGUUGUACUCAGUGCUUUAAGUGUGCCGGUACGCACCGGUACGGAGUACCUGCACUUCUCAAUAUUAGCCUCUGGCGUACCGGGACUUUUUACGGUGUACCGGGACUUCUCAUGAGCUCAUAGUACUCUGUUCUCUCCUUGCGAUUUGGCUAUACAGUGGCGUCGCCAUGACAACGCGACUGCCCCUCGGGAGACGUUCACUCAAUAAUAUCAUGUUGUUGGUCCUUGUAACUGCCCACAUGUCAGUUUAAUAUUCUCAUUUAUGUAUGUAUUUUUUGGUUCCUACCUGCCCAUUAUUGUGCGGACGUAUUGUUUGUAUUUUUGUUUCUAGACGGUACCACUUUUAUCAACACCAACUGGCAAAGCAUGGUAAGGGAGAGAGUGUGUGUACGAGGUGUAUUAAUUGUGUGUCUGUGUAAUUACAUUAAGCUACAAGCCUGAAUUUGCACGUGUAUUUACAUGAUUACUUGUUCACCUUUAUUUUCUUUAGUUCUCACCGGUCGGUCGGUGACCGGGAAUAAACCCUGUUUUUAAAACAA